AUGCCUCCCAAAGGGAAAGGUCCAAAAGGAACACUAAAGCCUUCUGUUUUAGACCCUCUAUGCACUUUUUGCGGGCUUCCUUUCAAGUCAAAGGGCAUAACACAGCACCAAAAAUCAUGCAAAUCUCGUCCUGAGGCAGUUGCUUCAGAUGCAAGAUCCAGGGCAUUUGAGGAACAGGUACAACAAGAGGGGUUAUUGGACCCUUUUAUCCCUGUGAUUGGGCCAAGCUCUGCCUACACUCCUCUUGGGUAUACACAUACUCAAUUGCAAGCAGGAAAUGUGGAAAAUAGUAAGUAUUACUUGAUAGCACACAUCUGCUUAUGUUACCCAGCCUAUGAUGCAAACAUAGCAAUAUUCAAUGAAAAUGAAACGAUCAACAACACCGAUAACAACAACACUGAGCCCCAUGGUGAAGUCCAUACUGACGAAGGGUCCUCUAGUCCAUUUGAGCAGGCACCACAGCUCAAUGACAUCAAAGUGGAGUACCAUCCAAGAAGCGGACGCCAACCUCAAUUCUUUAGCUUUGAUGAGUACAAAAGCAAUUUCCAGGAUCUCGAUAGUGUUGACAUUCCAGUUGAUCCCGAGCCAUGGAAACCUUUCCGUUCUCGUCUCGAUUUUGAACUGGCAGAAUUGAUUCUUGAUACCCACAUGAAUAAGAAUCAAACCAAUGAACUCAUCUCCCUCAUCCAUCGAUGUAUUCUAGACCCCAAGUCUUUUACCUUGAAAAAUGAACCUGACUUGUCAAAAAUUUGGGAGAAUGCUGCAAAUCGGGCAACUAAGUUUGAGAAAACAACAAUCACAGUAGAGUAUAAUGAUGAAGAUAAACCCUUAGAGUUUGUGUUGGAUGGUUUCCAGUUAGCCAUGCAGUUGCAAGAAGACUCAGGUGAAACUGGAAAAAAGAAAUAUGUGAAUUUCAAAAGAGUUGUCUGGCAUAAGGCAUUCUAUGAAAUCUUGAAGUCUGUUGAGCAAUAUGCAGAAACUGGCUACCACCUAACAACUGCUGAUAUUGAACGGUGGAUGUUUCCCAUUGUGCUUAUUGCAUCUGCAGACUAUGAGGAGCAAUGUAUUAUUGCCCUCAUUCGUGGGGUCAACAGCAAAUUUCCCUGCCCAGUCUGCCUCAUUCCUGGGGAUCAGCUUGCCAACCUUUCAUCAGACUUUCCCCUUCGUUUUUCCUCUGACAUGGAAAAGAUUUACAAGUCCACAAUAGGACUUAAUGCCUCUGAGACAGAAGAAACCUUGAAGAAUGUUGGUCUUCGGGAUGUUGAGAAUGUUUUUUGGAAAUUUCCUCGCACUGAUAUUCACCGAGCAAUUUCUUGGGAUCGCCUUCAUGCAUAUCAUGGAGGUUUAUUCUCAGAUCAUAUCUGGGAAGAGGUUAAAAGUGUAGCUGAGGAACUUGGAAAGGGUGUCUCGAAGUUGAUUGAUACCCAGGUUGAUGCUCUCCCUACUUGGAGUGGUUUAAACCACUUUACCUCCAUUAUAAAGACAGGUGAAUUUGCUGAUGGAAGCAAGUAUGAGGACAUGUUGAAAGUUCUUAUCUUUGCACUCCACAAUAUUUUUACAAAGGAAGCAUCUCCUCGAGGAUAUCAGCUACUCAAGCUUCUGCAAAGCUAUGUUGAACUUGAUAUGUAUGCAUCUCUCAAGGUUCAUACAGAGACAACUAUUCAAAAAGGUCGAGAGGAACUGUUGGUUUUUGAGAAAGCACUUCAUGAAUAUAUGCCAUUUAACCCAGCUAAAUCGUGGUCAUUUCCAAAAGCACAUACACAUAAGCAUAUGUUUGACGAUAUCCAGCGAAAAGGGGUGACACGAAACUAUAAUACAAAGCCCAAUGAAAAAUGUCAUGGUGCAUUCAAAAACAGCUACAAGUUCCGAACAAAUUUCAAGAAUGUUGCACCACAGAUACUCAAAUUUGAUCAUGCCGAUUUAGUUGCAACUGUCAUCCGCGAUGACAUUGACUACCUUGAUUUAUCCCAGGCAGAAGCAUCUGCUGAAGAUAGCCAAAUCCAGGUGACACGAAACAUCAUUGGAAUGGCCCAUGUAUCCUUGGGUUCUCAAUGUGCACCAGUUGCAUUUUCAGACCUUGAGGAUGAACACAGUGCAGACUCUGCAUUCAAAGAUUUUCACAAGAAGAUUGGACGCUUUUUUACAAGAUAUCUUGGAAGAUCGGUAAGGUUUGGACCAAGUGAUCAGAUCAAUCCCUUUCAAUUGCUAAGAGUUAACUAUGAAUCAAAAGAUGACUGGUGUGUAGCCACCGACCUUCUUCGUGCCAACCCAAAAUUCCAUGGCAAGCCACGAUAUGAUUGCAUCAUUGUCAAGAUUGAUGAGGAGAAGUAUAUCUUUGCAUGCUUACUCUACAUUUUUGGACUUCAAGUUCUUGACAAGGAGUAUCACAUGGCACUUAUCCUACCCAUGGAUCUUCCACCUGAUUUGGAGAAUCGUGGACGGGAUAAUGACCUUCGCUUCAAUCGAGUCAAGGCCCGACAUCACUCACUCUCAGUUUUUAUCUCUGUUGAAUCAAUCAUUCGUGGAGGUCUUCUUGCAACAGAUUAUGGAUCACAAUAUUCAGAUGAGUAUCUGGUGAUGGACAUGGAUUCGGAUAUGUGA